GGUCACGCUGUUUUGAAUUCUGACAAGUUGACAGCCCUGCUAAGGAACUUCGACAAAUUGUGCAUGUAGGGAAUAAUUAAAGUUAUUUCACGCUCUAUUUAGAUAGUAUUUAAUCAGCGCGAGAUAAUUUAAACAAAAUCAUGUCACGCCGCACAAAUUUUAUCGACGGCAACGACAGUUUCCGCGAUCAGAAUCUACGUUUUGUUCGGAAUGAGUUCGAGGAUAAUAUGAACCAGUUCUUCGGGGGCGCUAAUCCAUCUGACAAUACACAGCAGCAGCAGCAGGCGCCACCGCGGGAUGCUUUAAUUGUGCAACCCACACCAGACGGCCAUGUGCUGGACACUCGCCGCCAGUUUCUGCGCCAAUUGGGCGCCAGUCCGAAAAUGGCACACGCCCUGGCUGUGCGCACCCUCGAGGUGCCUAAUUUUGAUCUGCUCCACUUCCAGCGGCGCCGCUAUCGCCUCAGCGUGGAGCUGGGCGACAGUCGGCAGCCCGAUGUGGAUGCCGUUGUGCUUCAGUCGAUCGGCACUCUGCUGGAGAAAUCCAAAGCGAAUCGAAACCAGAGCCGUCCACGCACACCAUCGCCGCCGCGCAACAUCAACUGGCACAACAGUCGCGACAUAUCGCCGCAGCAGAUUGAACGAUCGCGUCCACGCACUCGCAAUGAUGAGGAUAAUAUUCGGGGCCGUCCGAGGGGAGCACCAGUUCCCAGGGAAAACCUUCCAUCGGGCCCAAGGAACGAGGUAACAUCGCCAGCUCGUCGGGAUGAUUUCAUACCUUCUCCUAGAAUGAAUGUGCCACAAGGUCGCAGGAAUGAUGUACCACCCGGACGGAGAGAUGUUCCACAAGUUCGCAAAGAUGAUUCCCCAACUGGUCCCAGAAUGAAUGUGCCACAAGGUCGCAGAAAUGAUGUGCCACCAGCACGCAGAGAUGCUCCAGCAGCACGUAGAAAUGAUGCUUCACCUGCUCCUAGAAUGAAUUUUCCAGAAGGUCGCAGGAAUGAUGCUUCGCCAGGACGUAGAAAUGAUUCUCCAAGAAUGAAUUUGACACAGAGUCGCAAAGCUGUUGUCCCACCAGGACGCAGCGAUGCAGUUCCACCUGCCAAUGUACCACAAGGUCGCAGGAAUGAUGCCCCAGUAGGCCGCAGAGCUGGUUUUUCAUCUGGUCCCAAUGCGAAUGUUCCACCAGCACGCAGGAAUGAUCGCAGCGAUGCGUCUCCAGUCGCUGCCAGAGUGAAUUUAGGACGCAAGGAUGCUACUCCUUCUAUUCCCACAGAGAAUAUACCAUUGGGUGGCAGAGCACCGGCUGCUCCACCUGGUCCCAGGGCAGCGAUCCCAACAGUCCCCGUGGCCGCAGUGCCACCUCGUGGGAAAACGACUGCCGGUCCUAGAAAAACCGUUCCGCCAGCUCGCUUGGAACCAUUUCCGGCAGUAGGCCGUACACAGGCUGGUCCACAACAUCCUAGUGAGGUCGCACCAGCAGUGCGCGGGAAGCCUGGUCCUCCAAUGCGCAGAAAGCCAGGCCUGGGGAAGCCUGGUGCAGCCGGUCCAGGACGCGGACCACCAAUGCAAGGGAAACCUUCUGGUCCAACCAUUCGCGGAAAACCUGGCCCACCUGAUCGCAGGAACAACAGUCAAGGUCCAGGCCGUGAGAAAGCUGUUCCUCAAGGUCGCAGGCCAACAGUUCGCCGAGACAAUAGUCAAGAAUUUGUCGAACAUGAGCGCAGUCCUCCGCACUUCGGUGGGGCUCGCAAUGAUUCCUACCCGAACAAUCGCCCAGAUCGUUACCCAAAUAAUCGUAAUGAGAACUUUGAGAUGAAUAACCGUGGCAUGGAUGAAGAAUUUUGCGAUCAGCGGGACUUUAAUGAUCCACGCUUCAACCACGCACAACGUGGACCUGGCCCUGAUAACUUUUUGGUCAACCAACGUCAGAACAUCGAUCACGACGACGACGACGACGACGACGACUUUCAGCGCCAGCCGCCAGCGCCUUUUAUGGGUCAUCCAAACACAGAAUUGUUCGAUUCAGAGCCCAACUUUGGGGGACAGCAACAGCAGUCAAGAAACAUGGGGGGACGCCCCCAAAUUGGGAAAAAUUACCAGCGCAUCUUCCACAACGAUCAAGUAACUAUUCUACGUACGGACUUGGUGGAUCGCAAUGUACGCCAUUUCGAUCGUAAUCAGGAUAACUUUGGUCCCAAUGAUCGCGACUUUGAGGGCAACUUUCGUCAUCGGGAGCUACGUUUCAACGAUGCCAGAGAUGGGCGGCAGUUUAUGGAUGAAGAACGCUUUCGCGGACAGCAGCAGGUGGACAACUUUGGGGAGCAGAACAAAAACUGGCGCUUCAAUAAUUUUGAUAACAACUUAGAGCGCAACGAUCCGCACAACAGAGAUGUUCGAUUUAAUUUCAACAACGAACCGAACGACAGAGAUCUACGUUUCAAUUUCAGCAGCGAUGAUCGUGAUGCAUACAGACUCGAACGCGAACCCAAUGAUCGCAACGAUCAAGGCUUCAUUGACGACAUUGACGAUAUUGACGACUCUGGACCUGGACCCUAUCAAUCCAAUCAACAUCGGUUCAGUGGCGGCGAUCAUCGCUUUGAGAACGAUCGUGACUUCGAUAGGCAGCAGCUGGAGUUUGAUGGAAAUUUCAAUCAAUCGAACGACCAACAAGAGUUUGACACUUUCCGCAACGAUUUCCAACCAAAUCAAUAUCAAGACAAUUUUGAUUUUGAUUUUCAAGAUAGAGGAGAUCGCCGCUCGUUGGAUCGUGGCAAUGAACGCUCUGGCUAUGGUUACCGUAACACAAAUGCUCAUAAUCAAGAACGUAACACUGCCAGGAAUAUAAAUUCUGGUGGGUCAAAUCAAGCUCGACAGGGUCCACGGAAUGUCAAUGCUGUUGGUCCCAAUCAAAAGCGAAUAAAUUCGUCUGCAAAUCGUGCGGGAAAUGCACCAAGAAAUACCUAUCCCUCAGCCAGGGCCUCUGGUACGAAUCCAUCAACAAUAACAGCCAAGGGUGACAAGAACACUUUUGCGGCCAAUCCUGUUGCCUCAGCCGCCAAUCAAGAGGCAAGCACUUCAAUGCAGACCAGGAUAAUGCCGGGCAAGCCGCCAGAGGCAAACCCUCGUGCUGGGCAAAAGCGAGUCGCUGGCGAUGCACCCCAGCCAACAGUUGGGGUUGCGGCCAAGCGACGCAAAACUAUCAAGGGUAAAUGCUUCAAUAUUGGCGGCAAAAAGUUGCCCUAUGUGGUGUUCGAUGGAAAGUUGCCGCAGGCCGAGGAGGAGUCCUAUGCUGUUACCUUCUUCGAGCAAAUACCCAACUACAAUACGAAUGUCUUUGCCACCGAGGAUGGCAUAGUUGUGGAGGAGCCCGACAAUGGCGAUGAUAGUUCAGACAGCGAAGUGGAGCUGCCCGAAACCACAAAGGGGUCGGGCAGAUAUUUUUCUAAAUCAAAAAUUCAAAAGGGCCUGCGUAACGAAUGGACAGCUCUGUAUCGUAAUAAUAACUACAAGGACUGGCACAAUUGGUGGACGGAUUACAAGUGGUGUGGCCACGAGAUCAACAAGGUGCUGGAGAAGUUCGACAAUCGGAAUCUGCAGAAUCGCUUUUUGCCACUCUACAAAACCAAAACCACUGAAGAAGUGGUUAAUAGGGUCUUUCAAUUGGGAAACCUCGGAUUAGAAAAGAAUACAUUCCAUGUGCAACGCAAUAUGCGGGCCAUCUUCAUGCUGAUGAACGAAACUUUCCUGACCAAACUGCAAAUUCAGCAAAUUGAGAAGCUGGAGAACUUGAUACGGCGUGUGCCCAACCAUUUGUGGCUGUAUAAGCUGCGUAGCAUGGUCUUUUUGUGGUCGAAAUAUAAACAAAUCCUGAAGGACCAACCAAAAAAUAUAAGUAAAACUUCCCUCAAUGGAUAUGCCAAAAAAUGGAAGACACCCAUGUUUCACUGGUUGGCCAAGCAGGCAUUUGAUGAGCUCAAGGCAAUCAGUGAAAUCUCUUGGCCGGAUCAUAACAAAUUCUACCCGGGCAUAAAGAAACCCGUUAAGAAAUAAAUUUUGCCUAGAAACAUUCACAUUUAAUAUAAACUUUUAGCAUUGAAGUGUAAAUUGAAUUAGAAUAAAAUAAACAUUUCCCUCUACCUUGA